AUGGUGACACGCUAUCUGACUCACUGUCCCCAGGACACAGUGACCUUCCUUGACGUGGCCGUGAACUUCACCGCAGAGGAGUGGACGUGCCUGGAUGCCUCUCAGAGGAAGCUCUACAGGGACGUGAUGCUGGAGACCUACCAGCACCUGCGGGCCGUUGGGCAUUCCGGGGUGAAGCCUGCGAUGAUCUCCUGGCUGGAAGGAGGAGCCUUGAGUCCCGGGAAAAGACAUAUGUGUGCAGAACUUAAAUCACAGCUUCAGGACAUGGCACUGCAGAAAUUUUAUUUGGGAACAAGGUCAUUGCAUACAAGUCAGCUGAAACCUCCUCUGUGUGAGUACUGUGGGAAGGCCUUCCUUUCCUUCUCAGAGCUUUCUGAACAUAGGAAGAUGCAUACUGGAGAAAAGCCUUAUUCGUGUCAGGACUGUGGGAAAACCUUCAGUUCCCACCCAAGCCUUUGCGGGCACAAAAAAAGUCACAACGAACAGAGAUCACAUAUUUGUAAGGAGUGUGGGAAGGCUUUUGUGUAUUCCGAAAAGGCAUGA